UAUGGAUGCAUUAGCUGAAUUUUGGAAUGACAGUAGCAAAACUACAGAAACAACUGCUUUUCAAAACGUUUUGAGACAGCAACAAACUAUGGAGAAGCAAUUAUCGAAGGGUAUAUUUCAGUUAGCAAAUACGGGGAGUGUCAUAAUCGAUAUUGAAAGAGAAGCCGCUAAAUCUCGAUUAGUCAAGUUUAAAGUGAGACAUGCUGAAGGAAACGAGUUAUUUUGUGGCAUUCAACUCCGAGAUCCUACAACUAGAGAUCAUCUAGCCAGAAGAGAAAGCUAUCAGUAUCUUGUCAGAAAGUUCAAUUGUCAUGACCCAAUGGUCAUUAAACCGUCAAGAACAAGAAAAUCUGUAUAUGAUAGUGUAAUUAUUCAGGCUCCAGAUGGCAAUACUAUCGGAUAUAUUUUACCAAGACCUGAGCAUAUGUUUACUGUUUUGGAUUUUUCUGGAACUUCCUUGUAUACAAUAACAGCAAAUUUUGAGAAUUCUCUCUUUUCCUGUUAUUGUAAUAGGAAUUUGAAGCCAAUUUCGUAUGACAUAAAAUUGACUAAGAUCAAUAAGAUAACGGGAAAAGUAAAUCUACUAGGACCAAAAAAUAUGCGAAAUGGUGUUGUUAUACGCUACAUGCCACAAGCCGAAAUAAGCCACGCUGCUGUUUUAAUUGGAGCAUGUGUUGUGUUAAGUACAUGGGGCGAAGCAGUAGAAGAUUGA